AUGUCAGGCGACGACGCAGAAUUGACCAAGUCGCUCAAUCAUCUCGGCGGGAAGGACGUCCAGGACACCGAAGCUUUGCGUACUCGUGACGACGGCCAUCAUCGAGUACUGUCUUCUUCUUCUACACCCGGCUCGGUCGCGGCGGGUUCUGCGGGUGCGGAUAGGCUCACGGAGGUCACUCGAGACGUUGUAUCAUCUCCCCCUACCGAUCGAACCCCCGAUGCUCUUCCCUCGUCCAUCCAUCCCGAUUUCUCCUCACCGACGACGACGUUGGCUUCUAUGCCAACAGAGCCUUCCUCCUAG